AUGCCUCCUCGCAAGAAUCACUCACCCACUUCAGCGGGCACAGCAAAGCCUCAGCCAUCCAAGACAAACGGCGAACCAAAGAAGCGCAAAGCCGCCAACGAUGAUGAGGCCGGUGGCGUCAAGACCGCCAAGCGCUCUCGCGCGUCCAAAGGCUCAGCGCAGGCCGGCAAUGAUCUCAGACAGACCGAGAUCUCGACAAAGUCCACCAGCGAGCUCGAGAAAGCCAUCAUCAUCAAUCGCGCGCCGGUACUUGAGCUCUGGGGCGCGUGCGUUGCCCAAUUCCAAUACCCAGACUUCUCUUGGGACCUGUGCCUCAGCAUAGGAAGCAGCAUAUCCACCAUCACAGCCAUCUCCAAGGGCCGGUCGAUUGGAACGAUCGCGCCGCCUGAUGAGUCAAAGGACGCAGCCUCCAAGGACCAGAACAAGAAGAAUGGAGAUGAUCUCCCAACAGUCAAGGUCAUGGGUUUCCCCAUGAAGAUCAAGGACGACAGCGUCAUUGUCAAGGGAAAGCCCAAGACGACGCGAGAGGUCAGUCUGGUGAGGAAAUACGGUUCGGAAGAGAGUUACGGCAAGGCAAAGAACGCGAUGACUGAGGCCUUGCAAGAUUGGAAGGGUAAAGAGAACGAGCUGGAUUUAAAAGCGUUCCACAUGUACGAGCAGUUUCGGCCGGACGUUGCGAAGGGGCAGAAGGGCUGGGGCCGGAAAGGGGAGCUGCAUUUGUCCAAGGUCAGGGACACGAUCCGUAAAUGA